CUCCUGCCGCUCCUGGUGCUGCUUGGGUGGUCCUUCGGUGCGGACCUGGUACCUCUUUUGUGAAGCGGCUGCUGAGGAGACCCCAGCGCUCGCCAUGGCCGACGAGAAACCCAAGGAAGGAGUCAAGACUGAGAACAACAAUCAUAUUAAUUUGAAGGUUGCGGGGCAGGAUGGUUCUGUGGUGCAAUUUAAGAUUAAGAGGCAUACACCACUUAGUAAACUAAUGAAAGCCUAUUGUGAACGACAGGGUUUGUCAAUGAGGCAGAUCAGAUUCCGAUUUGACGGGCAGCCAAUCAAUGAAACAGACACACCUGCACAGUUGGAAAUGGAAGAUGAAGAUACAAUUGAUGUGUUCCAGCAACAGACAGGAGGUGUCUACUAAAAAGGAAACCUGCUACUUUAUUCCAGGAUUUUGUUAUAGACCAAGAAUACAUUCUCAAUUAGAAAACUGCAAUUUGGUUCCACCACAUCCUGACUACUACAGUAUAGUUUUCUCUAUUCUUUCAUUAUCCCCUUCCCUAUUCCUUUAUCGUACAUAAAGUAACUGGUGUAUGUGCACAAGCAUAUUGCGCUUUUCCUUUUCUUUUUAAACUAAAUGGCCAAUGUUUUGGUUGACAUCAGAUGGAGAAGACAUGGGGAAAAGUACUGGUUCUGUGAAAAUAACCCCUCUCUCCAUUCAUGGCAUGCUCAUUCAGCUCUUAUCUUUAUAUUCCAGUAAGUUAUUUUGCUCUCAUUGUUUUAACAAAAAAAUAAAAAAUAAAAAAAAAAUC